CCCGAAAUCAUUCAUCAAAUUCCCAAUCCAAAGCACUUCUUCUUCUUCUUUCUUGUUCGCAUUCAAAUAUUCUUUUCCUCUCAAAAUCUCAGUUCAAAAUGGACGCAAGCACCAAGACAACAAAGAAAGGAGCCGGUGGAAGGAAGGGAGGAGGUCCAAGGAAGAAGUCGGUGACAAGAUCCAUCAGAGCCGGACUCCAAUUCCCAGUCGGAAGAAUCGGCCGUUACCUGAAGAAAGGUCGAUAUGCUCAGCGUGUCGGCACCGGUGCUCCGGUUUACCUAGCUGCAGUUCUUGAAUACCUCGCUGCUGAGGUUCUUGAAUUGGCAGGAAACGCUGCUCGUGAUAACAAGAAGAAUAGAAUCAUUCCAAGGCAUUUGUUGUUGGCUGUUAGGAAUGAUGAAGAGCUUGGAAAACUGCUUGCUGGUGUUACAAUUGCUCAUGGUGGUGUUCUUCCGAACAUUAACCCAAUUCUGUUGCCUAAGAAGACUGAAAGGGCUAAUACUGGUGGCAAGGAGCCAAAGACUACUAAGGCUGGAAAGUCUCCUAAGAAAGCUUAGAUCUGAUUUUAGGAAGAAUUAAUUUUUUUUUUUUUUGCUUUUGAAGAUGUAAUGAAGUAAUUGGAUCUUUCUGAUCUUUUUUGUUUAUGAAAAUGGUGAUUUAAUGAUAUUGGUCUUCAAAAAUGUUUCUAUUUUA